GGAUCCUGCUUCAUCAGACUUGAUUUCAAACAUGUGACACCGCGAGCCAUCUACCAGACUCAACAUGCCGACAGAAUGUGCCCAUGCAACUUGUAAGAAUGUCGUAGGUAAAGGAAACGGACUAUCAUUUCACAGGUUUCCUAAUGAUAAGGACAGAGCUGCUCGUUGGACGUACCUGAUGCGACGAAACAAAGAGUGGAAACCAAAGUCAUUUGACCGUGUUUGUAGCGUUCACUUCAAACAUGAAGAUUUUGACCUGACAGGGCAGACGGUUCGAUUACGUGAUGGCGUUGAACCAUCGGUUUUUGACCUACCACCACAUUUACAAAAGGCAUCAAGACCUCGACAUACUAAAAACAGUCAAAAGAGGCCUGCGUCUCCAGAGGUAUGUGGUCAGGCCUCCACAACGUCUUCAACUGGGGCAGUCGCUUCUAUAUCACAAAAUUUUCACAGUUAUGCUGCUGCAGAUGAAGUGUCUUUCAAGGACAAGUGGCUUCAAGCUGAGCGCAGAGCGGACGACUUGGAACAAAAACUACACAAUGCAGUUAAAAGAGAAAAAAGAUCCAGAACCAACAUCGGCAGUUUAAUAGAAGAGCUCAAGGAACACGGUCAUUUAAUACGAGACCUGCAGCAGCAACUUGAAGCUUAUAAAGGAUGA